CGCGCCCGCCGCCACAGCAGCCAGGGCCGCCUGCAGCGCACAUCCAGACCGGGGGCGCCGGAGGCGGAGGGGCGGGGGCGCAGGCGGAGGCCCAGAGGCUGGCACCCCUGCGGGGAGCGGCGAGCCGACCCAGCCGAGGAGGAGUUGGAAUUCAGGGAAGAAUCACUUUACCCCAUAGGGUCCACUUGAGCCGGGCCCUGAAAAUCAACGGUGUUGACGGUUCAGAGAUGUGAAAGUAAAGAAAAGACUUCACCAAGAUGCUUUGGAGCCAGAAUGCUUCCCCGAUUAGACCACAGAAUCUGUAUCUCGUGGUGUAUAUCAGCCUCAUGUUUGGUGUAUUAUCUUCGUUGCCUGAUUUGUCAGAUCAAUCUUGCACUUUCAAGGUGACAUUACGCAAUUUCCGGGUCAUCUUAUCAUGGGAAUUAAAAAACCAUUCGAUUGUACCAGAUCGCUAUACAUUACAGUACCUGGUCAUAAGUAUACCAGACCACAUGAAGACUGUGGAGCACUGUUCAAAUAUCACAGCAUCGUUUUGUGACCUAACGGAUGUGUGGGACGUCCUGUCCGAGACGUAUGCUGUCACAGUUGAUGGAUUCAGAGGGAACACAACGCUGGUCACGUGUUUCAUCGAUUUCUUCCUGGCAACACACAUAUCUUUGGAACCGCCAGAAUUUGAUAUUGUUGACUUUACCGACCACAUUAAUGUCAAUGUGAAUUUUCCACCCGUCAUUCCCAAGAUACUAGAUGGCAAAGUAUUACAGUUUUACUUACCACUCAUCAUUGAAGAACAGUCAGGGGGGAUUGUCAAGAAGUAUAACCCCACACUAGAUGAAAAUGUCACUGGAAAUUUCACUUACGUCAUCGACAACUUACUUCCAAACACAAACUACUGUAUAUCUGUUUAUUUUAAGCAUAGAAAUCUGGAAGAAAUACAUAGAUCCCCAGUAAAAUGCACCCUCCUUCCACCUGCACAGGACACAGGAUCAUCAGAAUCAGCCAAGAUAGGAGGAAUAAUUACUAUAUUUUUAAUAGCUGCUGUCUUCAUAAGCACCAUUCUAAUACUGAAACGGGUUGGUUAUAUAUGCUUAAGAAAUGAUUGCCCCAACGUUUUGAAUUUUCAUAACAUGUCAUCUUGGGUAUUCCCUGAGAUGCCACCAUUGGAAGCAGUGGCUUUCGUGGAGGUGAUUCACACUAACAGAAAGAAGAAAGUGUGGAAUUACAAUUACGACGACGAAAGUGACAGCAAUGAUGAAACAGCAGCCCCUCUGACAAACACAGGUGGCUACACCAAGCACGGGCUGGUGGGUGGGCUUCUGGGUCCCACCUCUGCCUCCUCGGCCACCUGGGAGGACUGCCUGGAGCCCUACACUGAGGAGCGUGACCUGUCCGAGCCAGAGGCUGACACUGAGCCCCUGAUGGCACUGGGGCCCAAGCCCGGGGGGUCAGAAUGCACCAGUGGGGCCCACGAGGGGAGAGGGAAGCUGCUGCAGGACCCCUUUUCUGAGGAGGACAGCAGCUCCACUGAAGAGUCUGGGGACAAAAUCAUCUUCAAUGUAAAUUUAAGCUCUGUGUUCGUGAGCGCCCUCGAUGAUGACGGCUCGGAAGGCCCUCCAGCGUCACCAUGUUUUCCAGAAGAGACAUACAACCUAGAGGAUUCCCACAGACUGGAAACAAGUUUUCUGGAGGCCCCUGGGGAAGGGACACAGCCAUCCUUCCCCACACCCUCUGCAGAGUGUCCGUGGCCUGAAGACGUGCUUUCCGAUAUAAGUGACAGUUCUGAGUCAGGUGUUGACACUGGGGAUGGCUAUAUAAUGAGAUGAACCCCCCAAAUAUUUAAUUAACGUGGACCGACAAAUACCUCCAGGGUUUCCCUCCCUGCACCGUCACUUUCUCCUCUGUGGUCUGCAAGUGUUCCAGAGGGAACGUGUUGGAGACCACAGUUGCCUCCUCCAGGGUUCCUGGUGACGUCAUCUAUGCAAAUUUCAUGCAAGUUACCAAUAUGGGAGGGGAGUCCUAAGGCGACCAGGGUAUCCUUCAGUGCAUUGUUUACCUGUUCUGGGUGGUUUUCAGGGGUGGUCCAGGGCCCUGCAAGAUUUCUGGGAAAUAAUGAAAUUAGCCAGGGUGGGAGCGGGAAGAGAAAAGAAAGACACUCAUUCAGCGGGGUUCGGAGCAGGAGCAGUCAGCAGUGUUGAGUCCAGCAGGCUCAAGGAAGGAGCCAGAAAGCAGGCAGGAAAAGAGAAGGAAGGGAAGGCAGCCAGAGGGAAAGGCAGGGGACCCACAAAGAAACAGAAGCACAUGUUGGAAGGAGGGAAGGUCCAGCCCAGUGUUGAGCUCCUCGCACAUGUCGUAUUCUGUCACCUACACGCAGAGAAUUCAACACUUGCCCAGCCCUCCUUAAUUUGAGUGAGGAAGACAAACUCAAACACAUAAAUAACUCUAGUGUCAGGCAGGUGACUAAUAGGAAACAUUCGCAUGAGAGAGGGGGAUAGAAUCUCAGUGCCAAAUUUUAAAAUUAAAAAAAAAAAGAGCGAGAGAACAAAUGCAAAAUUGUUUCAAGGUCUUCAGAAGAAAUAAGACACAAAAUUCCUGGAGAGCCUAUUUAACAGUCGAAGAAGUGCUGUGUGCCCUGAUUCCAAGUGUCCUAUGUGUGACCAGAGUGGAAGUGGGGAGGCAGAAGGGAAGUUCUAGAACAUCGUAGCAAAUCAGACAAGAACUGGGACUCAGGUCUGACUCUGCUGCUAUUUCCCUGUGUGACCUUGGGUACUUUGCUUAGCCUCUCUGAGCCUCACUUUCUUCAUUUAAGAAAUAAGGGGAUUGAACUAGGUAAUCUCCAAGAUCCAGUGGUGCUAGGAGAAAUAUUAGAAAAUACAGCAAGGAAGACUCUGGUGGGGGUGCUACAACCCUGAGAGGCCCCCAGGGUGAAUCAAAUGUGUGGGACCUCCUAUCUCAUUCCCCUCGCCCCAAGAGCAGGCUUCUCAGACAAUAAUGAGUUCAAGGACUUGGAAGAGAUUAUUUUUAUAACUGUUCUAAAGUAACUCAAAGGAGAGGGAUGUGAGAGGUGAAGGGGUUAUUUAAUGACCUGAUGAAAUCCCAUAGGGACUUUGUCCUGUGAAGAGUCCAAUUCUCUGCCCUCUUAAAUCAUCUCUCAUAUUUUGAAAGCUUUCCAGAGUGCUGUUUUGGAAUGCGCUUUUUAUGGCUGCUUUUACGUGUGUGUAUGUGUGGGUUUAAAUUUUGUAUAAUUGUCUGAAGUUGGUGAAGGAUAAAUACUUUUUAAUACAAA